AUGAAUAAUAACACAAUCCCUCAAAACGUGAAAAGUCUUGGCGAUAAGUGUUUUGCUUUUGAAAAAACGUUAAGCGAAAUUAUUAUACCCGACAGUGUGACAAGACUCAAUUAUGAGUGCUUUACUUCGUGCACCAACUUGACUAAAGUUGUGCUACCAAAAACUUUAAAAGAGAUUCGAGAACUUUGUUUUGAUGGUUGCAAAUCGUUGGAAGAAAUAGAAAUACCAGAGACUGUCGAAACAAUCGGAUAUAAUGCUUUUUCACGUUGUGAAAAAAUCUCAAAAGUGGAAAUACCUGGAAGUGUUAAAGUAUUGAGAGAAUGGACGUUCGCUGGAUGUGUAUCACUUAGAGAAGUGGUUUUACACGACGGUAUAAACAGCAUUAAUUACGAUGUAUUUGCACGGUGUGAUUUAAAUACUGUUGUUGUACCAAAAAGUGUUACACAACUGGAUAGCACUGCAUUUGAUAAAAAUGUGGUGAUUAUAAGAAAUUGA